CAAGGAGGAAGAACAGCCACAGUGGUGGGGAGCCAAACCACAACACCUCUCCUCUGCAAAAAUCUUCUCUCCUCCCCCUCCUUCCAUGGCUCCUCCCUUUUCUCUCUCCUCCCUCUAUCUCUCUCCUCCUGCUCCCCACCACCACCACGCCUGCUCUUUCCCUUCUCUCAUCUCCAGACCCACCUCCGCCCGCCUCCGCCUCCGUCCCCAGACCCUCGCCUUCUCCUCAAAACCGUCCUCCUCCGCUUCGACCCAGAACCAGAACCCGACCCGGAAGGCGCAGGCCGGCCAGACCCGGACCCAGGACCAGGACGAGGACGGGGACGAGACCCAGAAGGUGGAUUCGUCUCAGACGGAGAAGAAAUCGUUCGCCAUCGCCACCGGGGAGCUCUUCCUCGGCAUCGCCUCGCGGCUGAUCAAGAGGCGCAACAGCCGGAAGAAAGCGGGUGCCGGGUCGGAGCCUGGGGACGGUCCGGACGGCGGGGGGAUCAGCAUCGUGAUUGAGGACGAUGUGGAGCCCGACGUGAUAUGGGAGCAGAGCAUUAAGGACGUGGAGGCGGAGCAGAGGAGGAGGGUGGUGACGAGUCCCGGGUUCAGCUUCUCGGCUGCCGGGCUCUUGUUCCCGUACCAUCUCGGGGUCGCGCAGCUCCUCAUCGAGAAGGGCUAUAUCAAGGAAACCACACCAUUGGCCGGUUCAUCAGCUGGUGCCAUUGUAUGUGCAGUGAUUGCUUCUGGAGCCAGCAUGGAAGAGGCUUUGGUGGCUACUAAGGUACUAGCUGAGGAUUGUCGGAGAAGAGGAACUGCUUUUCGGCUUGGGGCUGUUCUUCGUGAAGUGCUUGAUAAUUUCCUUCCUGAAGAUGCUCAUACCAGGUCCAAUGGAAGGGUCCGCAUUGCUGUUACCCAGAUCCUUUGGAGGCCUAGGGGUUUGCUGGUGGAUCAGUUUGACUCCAGAGAAGAUCUUAUCAAUGCAGUAGUCACUUCUUCCUUCAUCCCGGGAUAUCUCGCACCACAACCAGCCACAUUAUUUCGUAAUCGACUGUGCAUUGACGGGGGUCUGACAUUGUUCAUGCCACCUACAUCUGCUGCUCAAACUGUUCGGGUGUGUGCCUUUCCAGCCACUCAACUAGGGUUGGAAGGGAUUGGGAUCAGCCCAGAUUGCAAUCCAGAAAAUAGGGCGACUUCUAGAGAGCUUUUCAACUGGGCGCUCGAACCUGCAGAAGAUGAUAUCCUUGACAGGCUGUUUGAGCUUGGGUACCUUGAUGCUGUGGUCUGGGCUGAGAAGAACCCAGUUGCAGAAGUAGUUGAAAAUAAUUUUCCGUUUGAUAAAAAUAGUUCUGCAUAGUACAGUUGAUUGAUAAGAUGCUUGGACCGAUCCUGAUAGAAGAUGCUAAGAAUCGUACGUUAUGCCUCACCCCUGUAAAUCCAGUUGCAUUGUGCCCAACUGGCAGACAAGAUCAUUCUUCUUUCUUGUAGAGUAAUAUCAGAUGCAAAUUGAGGGGGUAAAACAAUAUAGCACAUAGUUUUGUACAGUAGUGGCUACACUAAGUGACAUCUAGAAGCUCGUAAAGGGGAUAAGAAUAACACAAAAGAAUAUCAGACAAUGUAGGUCCAUUUUUCAGGGAAAGCUCAAUUUUUUUUGGAGUCAGAAUUUGACUGUAGUCUGCAAUUUUUUUUGUCUGAUUUCCAUCUGCAUUUUAUUUUCUAAUGUGUAAGCCACAUUGAUCUAUCAUCUGCAACAGAAGGUUGAGCUCUUUUCUAGAUUUUUUCCCUAGUAAUGGACAUUUCAGAUUUUCUC